GCAAUGUCAAAGUGGGAAAGGCCAUUCCAUGUUGAAGCCAGUAUUUAACGCUGCUCUUUCUCGAUAUUGCUUCUUCCCGACAUCGCUGCUGAGAGUCGUUGACACAAUAGAUCAAUUUGCUUCUCCACGUUGCUUCCUCACACCACGACUCUUUUCUUCGUCAACAAAUCUCUCGAAGCGCAAGGCAAAAUCUAAAACCCUACUAAAUGCUAAUUCGUUUUUGUGGGUUUUAAGAUGGAGGGGGAGAAUUACAAAUUCGGGCCGUACAAAAUUGAUCCCAAUGAAGUUUUCUUCUCAACCAAAUCAUCAUAUGCUUUGGUUAACCUCCGUCCUCUUGUUCCUGGUCAUGUGCUUGUCUGCCCAAAGCGUGAAGUGAUGCGCUUUGCUGAUCUCAGUGCUGAUGAGAUUAGUGAUUUGUGGUGUAUAGCACAAAAGAUUGGGGGCCAUCUUGAGUCCUACCACAGUGCAUCAUCACUCACAUUCGCAAUCCAAGAUGGACCUCAGGCAGGGCAAACUGUUCCUCAUGUUCAUAUUCACAUCAUCCCCCGCAAAGCUGGUGACUUUGAAAAAAACGAUGAAAUUUAUGAUGCUUUGGAUGAAAAGGAGAAGGAACUAAAGCAAUCCCUCGACUUGGAUAAGGACAGGAAGGACAGAACCUUAGAGGAAAUGGCUCAAGAGGCAGCUGAAUACAGAAAACUCUUUAUGUAAAAGUAUGAGGAUAUCCGACUAAUGUUUUUAUCGGUUCAGGCAUGUUGCACUGACGCUUAUAUUAAUUGUAUUGAUACUUAGAUUCUCUUAUGAGUAUUCCCAUACGUAAUUUUAACUGGUGACUAAUUCAGAGGUAUUGUGUCUUUUUUUACCAACUCGUAUUGAACGGAUUCGAACUGUGUGUUAAUUGCAACUAAACUGAUACUCCAAGUUGUUAUUCUAUACUGUAUAUAUCUGCAACGGUGCCAAAAUGGAACACCUUGAAGGCAAG